AUGAAUGUGAAAGGAAAGUGUCAAAGUGCUCAUCAGGUCAUAAAAGAUCGUGUUCAUGUCCACUCCGCCCUGCUAAUCUUACCACUCAGGCAUCCAAAGCCCAUCCAGGCAUUCCCACAGCCCAGGGACGAGAAGGCUGCCACGAGGUUAUUGGACGAGCUAUGUCACCUCACUGCCCAAUCACUGACCCCACUGGAGACUUCAGAUCACUUCCAGGUCAUCAAGCUCCUUGGUGAAGGCUCCUACGGCAAAGUCAUGUUAGCAGUGCACAAGAAGAGAGGAACUCCCAUGGCCUUGAAGUUUUUUCCCCGAGAUUCCACCUCUUUCCUGUCAUUUCUCAGGGAGUACAACCUCUCCCUGGCUUUCUGCUCACACCCCUCUCUGACCUCUGCCCUUGGAAUCGCCUUCUCCACUCCUUCACACUACGUCUUCGCCCAGCAGCCCAGUCUCUAUGGCGACCUGUUUGAUUACAUUGUGCCUGAGGUGGGUCUGGAGGAGAGCUGUGUUCAGAGGGUGACGUCUCAGCUGAGUGGAGCUCUGUCUCACCUCCAUUCCCUCGGUUUCGUCCACCGCGAUGUCAAACCGGAGAACGUUUUUCUGUGCGACCGCGCGUGCCGCUGGGUUAAGCUGGGCGACUUUGGCAUGGUGAAGGCGACGGGAACCCGCGUACCCGCAGUGUGGUACAGUUCAGCCUACUGCACCCCUGAGGCGGAGAUAGCCAGGGAGUCAGAGGAGAAAGAGAUCAUCUGCCCUCCUGUAGAUGAGAACGGGAACCAGGGGCCCGGGGAGAAGGUCCAGGAGAAGAAGAGGAAACGGGUGCUGGUGCCGGUGGAGCCCAGCACAGACAGCUGGUCCCUGGGCAUUCUCAUCUACGCCAUGCUGACCGGCACCCUGCCGUGGCAUGAGACGGCGUCCCACAACACGGCCUACAGGAGGUACAGAGAGUGGAGCGAACAGGAGGAGGUGGAGGAGAGAGGGGUCAGGGGCCCAGUCACCCGGCAGUUCUCAGCGUUCACCCCACUGGCGUGCUCUCUGUUUCGGACACUGCUGCACCCCCGGCCGGGGCUCCGGGGACUGCCCGAUGAGGUGUUAGGAUAUCUGGGCGGAGCUUGGCUUCUGGCCAAUGAGAGAAGUGGGUGA